CAGAAAUGGCGAUGAAACUCAAGAGAAAGAAGAAGGCAUUUAGUAUGGGGAAAACUGUUGUUAUUUUCAAGGAUUGUUGAUGUUUGAACUAAUCAAAUAUGGAAGAAGAGAAUUUAAAUGAAGUUAGGCCAGUGCUUCAUAUUUUUGUCAUUGGGUUUCAUCAUCAACUUGGUGCUCAGGUGGAGUUUGUUUAUCCCGAGUUUCAAGAGAGUAAUCUUCCAAAAGGACUACCUGUUCCUUGGCAUCCUCUUCUUCACAUUUCCUUACCAGAUGGGGCUCAUAACUUUGAAAAUGAUUUCACAUUUUUCCAGUUACCUCAGAUAAGCAAUCAGAACAAUGUGGAAACUAGCUCAGUGUUUGGUAUUGCUUGCUUUCAGCAGAUUUCCAGCAGUGAACUUUUAGUGAAAAGUGCAGAUGUUACUCGAACUUCGGUGCAGAAAAGCGUUGUCAUUCUUUUGAGAAUGCCUCUGUUUGGAUUUAUACACGCCAAGCUCAGCCUCAUUACUCAGGCGUACUUCAAUGAAAAAGACUUUUCUCGGACAGGUAUCUUGAAGGAUGCCUACACUGCGUUAAAUCAAUCUCUCUCCUUUUCCAACAUCAACGAUUCAAUGUACCUUGUUGGGCUGAACGUCGGUGACCUUGUUCUGAAAUUAAAGCAAAAGGCUCUUGUUUUAGUAAAAUUGCUUCUACUUGAGAAAAAGGUACUUUUUUGGGGAUCACCAGUUGGGAAUGUUUGUUCCAGCAUCAUGUCCUUGUUAUCUCUUAUACCAGGAUGCAUCCGUAAUUUGCAAAAAUGUGGCCUAUCACAGAGUGGCAAGUCAAAGAAAGACGAAUAUGGUUUGCCACUGGAUAUGUUUGGAAAGGAUUACCUCUUCCAGCCAUACUUAGCAAUGCAGCAAAUGGGGUCUAUCUCAUCAGCUACGGGCUAUGUUAUUGGUACCUCAAAUGUUCUGUUUAAGCAUCAAUCUCAUGUCAGUUGGGAUGUCCUCGUAGAUCUGGAGAGCAACGAUAUGGUGAUAAAUGACGGUAAAUUGUCUCAAGCACUGUCCCUUACAACUGAAGAUCUACGAUUUAGCGACUUUUUAACUUCAACUGUGGCUGAUUAUGAAAAAGACUCAGGAAUCUCAUGGGAUGGAAGUGAUGAAUGGAUUCGACUUCAGUUCAAGUACUACUUCCUUUGCCUUCUUGCAAGCACGGCACCUGAAAAAGGAAAUUCGAAUUUCAUUGAUAAUCAAUUCAACAAUGCUUUUAUUCACAAUUGGAGGAGCACUGACACUUACAAGAAAUGGUGCAAAACUAAACACCAUACCAUAGAGAACAUACAUCAGGGGCAUCCUUUUGAAGGAGGCUUGUCUCUAUCUGAUUUGAAACUCAGGAUUCAGAGUCGAAUCGAUGCUUUAUCCAUAUCAGAAGAGUCCAAAGAGAAAAUAGGUGCAGUUGUUAAGAAGACUGGACAAGUUGUUGGGGGUGCUUUAUCUUCAGCAAGAAAUGCAUUUACGUCAUGGAGAGGGUGGUUUGCUGGGCUUGUAGAAGAAAUCAAUGAAGAAAUGCAAGGUAGCAAAGUAAAUGUUGAAUUUGUUAACAGCAAUGAAACAGAAUUAGAUGGAGACUCAGCAGAACUUAAUCAGGGUAUGUUUAUUCAUGAGAGAAAAGGGGCAAAUAAACCUCUCAUAUAGCAUAGCUUGGUAUGAUCAGGCACUGCAGAGCGUCAAGAAAAAUAGGUGGUUUUAAAAAAGUGUGGGAGGGAGCUAAGACCUUAUAUAAAGAGCUCCCCUGCUCUGCAGUGCCUGAUUAUGGUCACCAAGUUGAAAAUUUUCUCCAACUUUAAGCUUUAAAUUGACAGAGUGAGUUUUCAAAGUUUUUGAUGGCUGUCACACAGAUUUUUAAGAACGCAAAUAUUAUCUGCUGUAAUUCUUCCUACACUCCCUUCAAAGAUAAUCUAUCUGGCUUUGUGUUUGCUACAUUCUUUCACGUUGUAUACAAAGGUUCAAACCUUCCUGGAAAGACUAAUACGGGACAUUGUCAGAGUGCAGCUUUCCCUGACAAGGAUUGAUGCCAUCUGUACUUUUGACAGAAUUUACAUUAUAACAGUUUGAAAGUUUAUUUUGUAUAUUUUAUCACAACCUAUUUGACCAAAGCCAAAGCCAACCUUAGCCAAAACCUCAAAGUGCAAAAAGUCAUCAAAUGCUGUUAAGAUCUGCAAACAAAUAGGUUGUAUCUUAACUUAAUCAUUAAAUCAUGAAAUAUGGACAGCUGGAAAUCAUUAUGUUUUGCUUUCUAAGAUGCCCUUUCUUGCAAAUGGUUUGUCAUUUCAUACCAUAGUUUGUGUUUUUAUACUGGAUUUUGUCUAAUGGCAUGCUUAUCAAAACUGGAGGUUCAUUCAUUUUUGCAAAAUGGCCCAAACAGGAUUGCGUUAUAUUUAAUUCACAAGGGAUAGUAUCUGACACAAUGCAUCUAACUCAAUUUGCAUAAAGCUAUAAAGCUAAAAUAUUUUUAUGAAAUAAGUAUUUAUUGACCUACAGCAAGUCUCAAAUUUAUAUACUGCUUGCAACUUGACACUGUACCAUAAUUACUUUACGCAAGGGACAUAUUUUAACUGUAUACUUUGUUGGAAUAUUGAAUCUUGGAGUAACAAUUACUGAAUGUUAACUAUAAUUAAAAAGUCAGAAAACUAAUUACAUAAAUCUAUUCUCAGUAGCUAAUUUUUCUUAAAUCUAGCUUUUGAAAGUAUGUGCUCUUGUCAAAUUGUUUUGAAUUUAGCUAAAAGUAGUUUUGCACCAAUAGAUCAUUUUUGUUUUAAAAUUACAGAAAUGUUUCAAACCACCUGGAGGUUUUUACAUUCAACCUUUUUGGUGCUGAAUACAUGCUUAAUUUCUGCCAACCACAGUACAUGUUGUAUCUGAUAACCUUUCAAUUUUCUGUUGAUUAGGGUUAUUCUUUAGGAUUGUAUGUUUAUAAGUAUGUUGGCUGUGACAAUAUAACUGUUGCAGCAAGGGCAACUUUGAAUGCAUGUACUUGGAUCCUUGAUAACUGAGCGAUGGGGCUAUCCCAGUUUUUGGGCUUGGAUGUUCUAGUGUAAAAUGCUUUGCUGGGGAUAACCCUACUCCAAAUAUUAAGACAUUCUUAGUUAUGAAUAUUAAGACUUAGCACAAUUUGAAUAUUAAGGGAAUCAUAAGUUAGCCCUACUGCUAAGGGUAUUUCUUAAAAGUGUAACCCCAUCACCAAGUGACCAGGUUGUGAGUGGAGUUGCAAGUUUUUCUCAUUGAAGAAGGACUACUUGCUAGAAUAUUCCACCAGUUUGAACAAUUGAUUUUUCUUUAAAUAUAAACUUAACGCUUAUGCUUAAAAAGCAAAAAAUUGCUUCCAAAAACUUUUUGAAGCAGCAAAUUAGCUUCUUGUCUCCUCAAGUUCAAAUUUGAAUUUUGCCUUAUGUAUCAAUUUGGAUCUAUUGUUAGUGUUUUCAUGGUGACAAGAGCAGGUAACUAUUUUUUGGUAUGGCUCCACAAAGAUGGCAUUAUAUUAGUGAAUGAUCAGAACAAGAUACAUUUGGUUUCUAAUAUGCAACAUUUAAUUUCAAACACUAAUAAUUUUCUUCAAAACAUAUUCAA